GGUAAAGUUGAAGAGCGGUGACGCGGCGGCUUUGUAGGCUCGGUGGUCGUCUGAGGAGUGGCUGAUCUCGCUGCUUCUGCCGUUAUGGCCGCGUUAGUGAAGAAGAUAAUCAGUACUGCAAAGGCUCCUGCUGCUAUAGGUCCCUACAGCCAAGCAGUGUUAGUAGAUCGGACCAUGUAUAUCGCAGGGCAGCUUGGUAUGGAUCCCUCAAAUGGACAACUCGUUCCAGGAGGAGCAAAGGAACAAGCUCACCAGGCCCUCCAAAACAUUGGGGAAAUUCUGAAAGCUGCUGGCUGUGACUACCCCAGUGUGGUAAAGACUACUGUACUGAUGACUGAUAUAAAGGAUUUUAAUGAUAUCAACGAAGUCUACAAGCAAUUUUUCAAGUGCAACUUUCCAGCCCGAGCAGCUUAUCAGGUUGCGGCUCUUCCAAAGGGUGCCUGUGUGGAGAUUGAAGCUAUUGCCAUUUUGGGGCCUCUUCAAGAUGCCUCAGCAGCUAAAAUCUAGCAGUUCUGUGUUUUCUUUUGCCAUGGUCAUUCUCACUACCUGUAUGAUUUAGUUUUGCUAUUGAUUCUCUCAAAAUAAUGUUCAUUCCAGAUCUGUGAAUCUGACUGGGUUGAGGUUGAGAAACCCUGGAGUGUAGUUUGAAUGAAGGACAUUAUAAGAUUGAAUACUGCAAGCUGCUUAAAAGCAUAUUUUGAGAGAAAAAGCAAAUAGAACUGCUUCAGAUAAAAUUGACAUAGAUAAUUUCAGAGGGUAGAUUCUAUAAAAUUCUAUAAAAUUGACAUAGAUAAUUCCAGAGGGUAGAUUCUAUAAAAUUCAGGAGUGAACUUCUAGCUGUGCACUACAUGAAGCAGAAUUGUAUACUUUAAAACAGUGUUCCUCAGCCUUGGGGACUUUAAUAUGUCUGGACUUCAACUCCCAGAAUUCUGGGAGUUGAAGUCCAGACUUCUUAAAGGACCCAAGGCUGAGGAACGCUGCUUUAAAGCAUUAGAAGAAAAACCUAUGAAGUCUAAAUCAAAUUGUUGUAACACACAGCAAUCUUGAUAACAUCAGUUUUGGGUUCUUUUGAGAAAACUAGUCAUUGCGUUUGCCAGUUCACAUGUUGCCUGAUUACUAGAUAAGCUUAUGUUCAAAGCUGCUAUAAAUUUUGUAAGGAAAAACAUGAUGCGUUUUGUGUACUGUUUAUCCAGCUAAUUUUUCCUACGGCCACUUGGCUUUUGGGGGGGAAUGCUUAAUAAUAAAACAAUCACAUGAC